AAAAUGGACGAUGAUGAUUACCGUCAUUAUUAUUGUUUAAAAUAUCGUGGUACAGUAUGCUGUAUCGAUGUGUUUUUUUAUUAGUCGGUCAUCAGUUUAUGUACAGACUGUGAGAUGUCGAUGAGGUUACUGUAUUAGCUCGCGGGAGAUAUGAACUCCUCUAGACGUGAAACAGUAUUUCAGUACUGUGGGCGCGAAUCAGUGAGGGAGAUGCAGACUGGAAGAUGUAAAGACGCGUCGGGGAGCUUUUACAUUUCCCAGUGUGCUCUGCACGGCGAGGGCGAUGGCGUUGAUUCCGGUCCCUCUGUUGCGAGUGUCCAUACUGCUCGCCUAUUUCUCAGUUCUCUGCGCCUACAGGGCCGUGGACAUACCCGCUCAGCAGACGUACGGCGGCAGCUGGAAAUUCCUCACUUACAUCAACGUGGUCAUUCAAACGUGUUUCUUUGCCGUCGCGGUCUUGGGAGAUGCUUCCAAGUUCCUGCACAAGAGCGGUAGCGGCUUGGCGAUGGAUCAGCAGCUCACGAAACUCACGCGGCUACGGGAUCGCAUUUUCACCGUCCUCGCUUUCCCUAUUGGGACCUUUGUGGUCAUAGCCUUCUGGGCAAUGUACUCCUGGGACAGAGAGAUGGUCCAUCCGCAGGUGCUCGACUCCUUCAUCCCCGCCUGGCUCCACCACGGCAUGCACAGCACCGUGCUGCUCUUCCUGCUCUUGGAGAUCCUCAUGACGCCACAUCGCUACCCAAGCAGAGCCAUGGGCCUCCUCGGGACCAUGCUCUUCAGCGUCGCCUACGUCGGCUGGGUUCUGUGGGUGCAGCAAGCGGCUGGGAUCUCCGUUUACCCACUCCUGGCACGGCUCGCACGUCCUGUGCUGGGUGCGCUUCUCGCUCUUGCCGUGCUCGCAGUCGGCUGUCUCUACGUCGCUGGGGAGAAAUUAGACAGCUUCGUCUGGGGCUAUACGGGGUCUUUGUCUUCGUGGUGGGCAGCAGAGGCCAGGGAAGGAAAAUCCAUCGUACUGGAGAGAAGAGGUGAUUUCCAAAUCGGACUAACGCUGAGUCACAGCUGAAAAGUUCUCAUCUCAAGUAAUAUGUAACUCUGGUGCAGCAUUGCAAGAGUCACAUAAACGUUGCCAUGCUUUUUUGGUGAAGGUGGAAAAGGUGCAGCUCUGCAAGCUCUCUGCAAGCUCAUGCCCAUGGAAGGUCCACCACUGGAGGAACCUCGAAGAGGGUAUUUUUUGGCCUACUCUUCCACAUUGGCCAGAUAUCUUGGAAGAGGUGGGAGUAGCAACGCUUACCCCACUCCGUGCAACCUGCCGAUUCACUAACUGUGUUGUACCCAUUUGUAUUGCUGGAAUGCUGAUCGAAAAGUCUUGUCCAGUAAUCGCCUUUAUAAACAAUGCCUAUCUCACAAAGUGUACGUCGUCUUUGCAAUUGCCGUGUAUCUUAAGGAUGUUGUCUUAAACGCAACGCAGUUAUCAAUUCAGCUCUCAAGAACGAGAUGCUUUACUUGAGACAAUAGCCAGCGUUAGAUGAGAGAGCACUACUUAACGCAGCCCUGGAGCGUGCCUAUUGUUGAAAGGUCACGGUUACUGAAGGGCCGGGGUGGGUGGGCAUGACACGGUUAAUAUUAAAACACACUUUAUGUAACAGAUGGUACGUGCUAAACGGAAUGAGAAAUGAAAGAUAAGAUCUGCUUUCGUCGAUGAUGCGUUACUGCUCUAGCUCGCAAGGUUUGGCGAACUAGUGAACUUGAAGGGAAAGAAAAUGCCACUUGUGUUAAAUUUUACGAACAGUUUGAGCUCGAGCACAAGAGAGGUAUGCUCAGCCUGCGUCAGCCGUCCCAACGCUAAAAGGUUGACUCGAUUGACCCCAGCUGUACAGGGUUCUCCAAUCAUAACCCUUCUAAAAUACCGAGAGAUCUGAGAAAUGAUUUUAAACCAAAGCCUCUGCAAGUCUCAAACCAAUCUCAAUACACGCAUAGAAAAAUCUUUGGACACUUCCGAAUGCAUUUCCCCCCAACGCGAUUCGCUCGCAGCAUUCAAUGGCGAUGCACAAGC